CCAAAAUCUUAUUACCAAUUAUAUCAAUCUGACGUAAACUUUCAAUAUAUUCAUCUCCCAUCUCCCAACGAGACAGGCGUAAAUCUUCAAUUUAACCUCAUUCUCAUUCUCUCUCUCUCUCUCUCUCUCUCAAACAGUGAUCAACAGAAAAUAAUAAACAGCAAGAACAGACCCUUCAACUGAUAGAUCUUCUAACCCCCCCCCCUCCCCCCCCCCCCUCUCUCUCUCUCUCUCUCUCUCUCUCUCUCAAUAGACAUAGACAUAGUCAUAGACAUAACUGACCUCAGAAUUCCAAGCCUCUAAGCAACCAUAAGAUUAGCUCAAACCCCCUUAGUCGCUGGUCUGUAACUAUCUCCCCCCCUUAAAUCUUGCUUCCAAAUCUCAACCCCCCUCUUCCCUCUCCCCUUAACCCCUCCAAAUUAGGUCAGAUUUCCACCUCUUUCCCAGUCAAAUCUCUGUGCUACUCUUUCAUUUUUUAUUUGAUUUUCGUUUUCGUUUUGGGUUUCAGGUACCAAGUCCAUUCUUCUCUGAAAAAUUUCAAAAGGGCUAUGAGUUCUCUGAACUGCUCUCUCUCUCUCUCUCUCUCUGUUUCCCCUGUUUUUUUGCUUCGAAUUGAAUUCACAGACAGGUUAAAUAAAUUGAUGGGUGAGUGAAUGCUUAAUUGUGUGGUGUUCCCAUUUCGAUCAGUGGAUAUGGGUUCUGACACACAGUUCUUGUACCAAAAUUUUGUUCUCUUUGUCGGCAUUUUUUGCUUCUCUGUCUCCACCUACUUUUUCCCUCUGUUCGAUUUCUUCAAGAGAUACCUUUUCAGAUUCAAAAGAAAUGACAGGUCUUCGGAGGACAAUUCAAAACAAUCGGAGGUUUCUUCUGCAGAAAACAGUCUUAAAGAUUCGAUUCCUAUUGAGCCAAAAACAGAGUUGCAACCGUGGAUACACACAGGGGUCGAAUCCAAACAAGAAGACAAUGAAUUUUCUGAUGGGCUUGACCAAAAACAGACACCCGAGUUCUCUUUCAAAUUCAAGUUUCCAACUUUUGAAGAAUUCAAUCGGAACAGGAAAGAAAAUGGGGGUUCUAUCAGCUUUGAAGCAGCCCCAGAUACGAGCAUCGCUAAGUAUGAGUUCAUGCCUGUCAAGUGUUCUAGUGACUCCAUUGAAGAACCAGAGGUGGUGAGCUUUAAUGCCGAAGAAUUAAAUACUGAUAUGGAUUGUUGUCCUUUUGAUGAUAAAGAUAGUGUCGAUGAUGGCUUUUUGGCAGAUAAAGAUUUUAUGCAGAUUAAUUCUGAAACAAAAACUAUUCAUCAAGAACUAUCAGAGGACUUGGCUAGUGAUUUGGGUACGGGUGAUGUAUCGGAGAAAAUUGAGGCAAUGGCAUUUAUGGAAGAGAAGGGACAAGAUGUUUCUGAUGAAAUCCUUCACUCUGAAAUGGAUUCAUUCGCGAUGGACUCUGACUCGGAGUCAAUCAGUUCGAGUCCUCUGCGUUUGAUUAUGAAUCGUUUAAUCGAUUCCUACAGUGAUGGGUUUCUAUCAGACGGAGAUUUUGGAGGAGAAUUUAUGAUUGACAAUUCAAUGGACAUCGAUGGAGAGAAGGUAGAAGAUCAUCAUUUGGAUGAUUCGAGCGGGGAACACAAAGAGGAUAACUUUGAAGAAGAUGUGUAUACAAUGGAAGAGCUUGAGAAAUUAGAGGUUCAUUUCCGAAAGGUAGGAAAGUUGAAUUCAGAUUUUCUAUCUGGGAAAGAUUUUCUUGGAGGGGUAGAAAAUUCCAAGCAUGAAGAAGUUGGAGGCCAGGAUGAUAAACCAGCAGACCCUGCAGAUGAUUCUGAAAAACCCAAUUCAAAGAAUGCAUCGGAAUGGGAUUCGGAGGAAUCAAACAAGUUGGAAACGUUAUGGGAACAUCAAGAAUUGAUUGAACAGUUGAAGAUGGAGCUAAAAAAGGUGAGGGCUACAGGGCUGCCCACAAUCCUAGAAGAAUCGGAGUCUCCGAAGAUAAUGGAAGAUUUGAAGCCAUGGAAGAUUGACGAGAAGUUCCAGCAUGCAGACCGAAUGGGAGAGCUUCACAAAUUCUACAAGAGCUACAGAGAGAGGAUGAGGAAAUUCGACAUCUUGAAUUACCAGAAGAUGUAUGCAAUAGGUUUUCUGCAGCUAAAGGACCCGCUUCAGUCAAUUUCAACCCAGAAAUCUUCUUCAGUUCCAUCAAUUGCAUCCCUUCUUCCCCAAAAUCUAAAUCUAGGCAAACGAAGCAAGAAAAUUGGAAGCGACCCAAUGAUGAAAUUCAUAAGAGAAUUGCAGAGUGAGUUAGAAGUGGUGUAUGUUGGGCAGAUGUGCCUUUCCUGGGAAAUCCUACACUGGCAAUAUGGCAAGGCCUUGGAACUCUGGGAAAAUGACCCUCGUUGUGUUCGGCAAUAUAACGAAGUUGCUGGUGAAUUUCAACAGUUUCAAGUUCUUCUUCAAAGGUUUAUAGAGGAUGAACCUUUUCAAGCCCCAAGAGUUCAGAAUUAUGUUAAGAGUAGAUGUGUUCUGCGUAAUCUUCUUCAAGUUCCUGUUAUUAGAGAGGACAGUACAAAGGAUAGAAAGAAGGCAAUUAAAGUGAGAGAGUACUCCAUUACAAGUGAUAUGCUUGUAGAGAUCUUGGAAGAGUCCAUUCGAAUUUUUUGGCGCUUUGUUCGUGCUGAUAAGGAUUGUUCUAUCCCCAUUGUAAAAUGUCAAAGAGGCCCUCAUGUCGAGUUUGAAGACCCUACAGACUCAGAUCUUUUGAGGGAGAUCCGAGCCAAUCUUCAAAAGAAGGAGAAGAAGUUGAAAGAGUUGUUGAGGAGUGGGAAAUGCAUACUAAAGAGGUUCCAAAAGUGUCAAGAAGGCGAUUCCGAAGAUCAAGUUCUUUACUUCUUCUCACAAGUGGAUAUGAAAUUAGUUUCUAGAGUACUAAACAUGUCUAGAAUAUCAACAGACCAACUACUCUGGUGUCGCAAUAAGCUAACUAAGAUCAGUUUUGUAAACAGAAAGAUACGCGUAGAACCCUCCUUUUUACUCUUUCCUUGUUAAUAUUCUAUAACCCCAACCUACCCUAGCUCAUGCGCUGUGUCAUCAUGCCCAUUUCACACCUAGAGCAUAUUGUCAUAUAUAAAAAUGAGAAAUACUUAGGAUUUUUUUUGUCA